AUGUCCACAUUAAGUGAUUCUGGUUUUGAAGAAGACCUUCACAGUCCUUCCCCAUCUCCUCAGCACUCCACAUGGCACUGGCCAGGAUCCAUCUGCUACAGAUUGACAGCUGACUGCCUUCACAGCGACUACGACGAGAGCUGCUUCAGAAUCCAGAGGAACAAUGAGGAGGACUUCCUUGCUCUGGACUGUUUGGCUCAUCAGCCACAGAUAACCGCUGAGGCACGCUGUAAACUGGUGAGCUGGCUCCUAUCCGUUUACAAACACUUUAAGCUGUCUUUCGAGUCCUGUUGCUUGGCUGUGAACAUCAUGGACCGCUUUUUGGUCACAACAUCGGUGGCAGCAGAUUGUUUCCAGUUACUCGGCGUGACGUCUUUAUUGAUCGCGACCAAACAUGUUGAAGUUUUCUCCCCACGUAUAAAACAGCUGCUGUCACUCUGCUGCGACGCUUUCUCCAGAGAGCAGCUCUGCAAUCUCGAGUGCCUCAUUCUCCUCAGACUCAACUUCCGCUUGGCCGCACCGACUCUCGCUUUCUUUCUCGACUACUUCAUCAGCCGCGAGUUAUCUAGACACACGACUGAAGCAGAGGAAAAUAUCCUCGAUGAAGGAAACAAGCAGCAAAGCUGGAAAGCCACUGAAGAGAAGCUCUUCAGCGUGAAGAGGUAUAAAUGUUUAGCAGGUAAAGUGUGUGAGCUGAGUCUGGCAGACUAUGCGUUCAACAAGUACCAACCAUCUGUGAUCGUACAAAGUGCUAUAAACCUGGCAAAGGACCUGUUAAAGAGACAGUCUUCUGUCAAGCACAUCAGCUGUUCAGAGAUGUUAGACUUUCUCUGUGCUGAAGAUGAAAAAUCCCAGGGUUCGGACCAUCGUGCUUUAAUCCAGCAGUGCACACAAGAGCUACAGUUAUUAGUGUCUCUCAACCAAGAGUCGAUUCAGGACCUAAUAACACUUUGA